AGAUGUUGGAGAUGGCCCGGAAGGGGGUGCUGCAUGAGGUGCACACAGCCUAUUCUCGCCUGCUUGGUCAGCCCAAGGUCUACGUUCAAGACAUCCUUCAGCAGCAGCUGGCCGACCAGGUGUUCCACGUGCUCCACCAGGAGCAAGGCCACCUCUAUGUCUGUGGGGACGUGCGCAUGGCCCGGGAUGUGGCCCACACACUGAAGCAGCUGGUGGCUGCCAGGCUGAGCCUGAGUGAGGAGCAGGUUGAGGACUAUUUCUUCCAGCUGAAGAGCCAGAAGCGCUAUCAUGAAGACAUCUUCAGUGCUGUGUUUCCCUACAAGAUGAAAAAGGAUGGGGCAGCGGGACAGCCUAGCGAUCCCAGAGCUCCAACAGCCCACAGGAGAAGUUAAAGGUGCUGCCGAGAAUUGCAGGAUGGAGCCAACUCUCCAUUAUCUGACAUCACAGGGUCUGGGGAGAUGGUGGGAAAUUAUAUCCCCAAGUCUCCCGUCUUAUUUCCCCAUGUCCUACCCCUUUACUUGACUUGCUACCAAGUACCAGCCUGCACUGAGUGGAACCUCUUGUCUCCUUUGAGCCCACCCUUCCCUGGCUCAUGGGGAACUGGGUUGUCCCUGGUCCCUUGGAGAGUAGGUCUGCAAUGUCAGGCCUGGCCAGUGGGUGAGGAUGGAUCCUUCUUCUGAUUGCACCUCUAGGAGGGACCACCAGGAGGCGACGAUGGGCCACUCUGUGUUUAGCCUGGCCCUUCUCCCCAUGUACAGUUAUUUAUGCCCUUGUAUUUAAAAAAGCAAACCCUAGUCAGCUCGUGAGGCUGUUUA